AUGGAUUCUCAGCUUCCUUUCUCUGCUAGAGAAUCAUCCUGUACUGUGUGCAGCAACAUCUUGAAGGAUCCAGUUUCCCUGUCUUGUAGACACAAUAUCUGCAGAGUCUGUUUCGAGGAGCACUGGAAGUGCACAGGGUCUCUGGAAUGUCCUGUUUGUAGAGAACAAACAGCUACUCCGUGUAAUCGUGACGAAAGAAAAAGGAAUGAGAAAGCUUCACUCUGCGGUUUACACAAUGAGAAAUUCAGCCUCUUCUGCCUGGAGGAUGAGCAGCUGCUGUGUGCAGUGUGUCGCACCUCAAAAACACAUGAAAAUCAUAAACGUUGCACUAUAGAUAUUGCGGCACAUGACCACAAGAGGGAUCUUAAAUCAUCACUCCAACACUUACAGAACAAGUAUCAGGUCCUCAAGAAACUCAAGUCAAAUUAUGAACAAACUGGAAAAUGUAUAAAGUAUCAGACCAAGAAAACAGAGCAGCAGAUAAAGAAGGAGUUUGAAAAGCUUCAUCAGUUUCUUCAAGAUGAAGAAGCCUCCAGAUUAGCCGCUCUGAGACAGGAAGAGGAGCAGAAGAGUGUGAUGAUGAAACAGAAGAUUGAAGAGAUAAAUAUUUGGAUAUUGUAUUUAUACUCUAUGCUCAAAAUGGCAAAAGAUGACUUGGGAAGUGAGAGUCUGACUAUUAUGCAGAGCUUAAGAGCAUUAGCAAAAGGCAGAGCUCAGAGCUCCUGUCAAGAGCCACAAAUGUCCCCAGAAUCACUGAUUAAUGAAGCUAAGCACCUGGGGAACCUGACAUUUAGAGUGUGGGAAAAGAUGCUGGAAGUUGUUCAGUACAGCUCUGUGAUUUUGGACCCAAACACAUCCCACCCUGAGCUUACCCUUUCAGAUGAUCUGACCAGUGUCCAGCGCGGUCAUGGAACACAACACAGCCCUAAUAAUCCAGAAAGAUUUGACCAGUUGUACUGCGUUGUGGGUUCUAAAGCAUUUACCUCUGGUAUCCAUAGUUGGGAUACCGAAGUCACGGAUGUUCUUGAUUGGGAGGUCGGUGUGACAACUGCACUAAUUUCCAGAACCGGAAAAACUGACUUGGAUAGAGAAGCUUGGAGUGUCAAGGCUUCUUGUGGUGAAUAUCACGCACAAGUUGCAACAGCAGCAGCCUUCAAGCUUUAUCCUAAAGAGAGUCUACGGAAAAUAAGGGUUCGGCUGGACUGCGACAGAGGACAGGUUGAGUUCUCUGAUGCUGAUACUGACACACAUCUUUUUACUUUCAGCUAUAAUUUUACUGAAGGAGUCGUUCCAUUCUUCAUUACUCCAUGCAAACAUUCACCCUUGAGGAUAUUACCACAAUAUAUUGAUUUGAUGGUAAAUAUAGGACAAGUCAGUUAGAGGGUGAGCUUAA